AUGGCUCCUCCUGUCAAGAACAGCGCAACUCCCAAAGACCGACGAAGGUCGAAUGGGGUCGGCGUCUCUGUGGCCAGCUCUAAUGGCGCGUCAUCGAAAGUUGUUACCCUCUCCGUGACACCAAAUAAGCUACGCGCUAUUGUCGACCCUGGCUAUGUCAAAGAGGAUACACCACUUGCCAAAGAGACCAACGAUUCGCCUGCCGACUCGACCGUCAUCCCUGCCGUCACGAACUCAGCCGCUGAGAAUGCGUCCGACUCAAACGUAAACACUCCCGCAGCCGGUACCCCGGCGCCGCAGUCCGUUCCUAUGGGCCCGCCUACCGAUGGACUGAAGAAGAAGGGUGUUAAGCGGGCGGCAGGUGCUGGCGUGAAUGGCAAUGGCGAGGCCAAGGUUCGGGGCAAGCCGGGUCCCAAGAAGAAGCAAAGGCUAGAAGACGGUACCGUCGAGGGCGGCCGAGGCGGCUUGGCUGCACACAAACUUGGACCCAAGGCUAACAUGGGCGCUAUCAAUGCCGGUCUCCGAGCUCUUGACCGGUCUGGCAAGCCUUGCCGGAAGUGGACCAGAGGUGGAUUUACCCUCAAGAGCUUCACCGGCGUUGUGUGGGAGCUUCCGCGCUGGACCGCACCGCCGAAACCACGGCCGGAACCUACGGCAGAGGAACCCACUCCCGUUUCAGCAUCCGCCGAAGGAAGCAGCAAGGAGAACAUCGUUUCGGGGCAGAACACCCAAGUAAAGAGCGAGCCAAGCAACAAUGGGGCGGAUGUCGAGAUGAAGAAUGCCCCCAGCUUUGCCGCCGCCAACUCAGCCGCGCCGUCACCGGGACCGACUCCAGCCCCAGCACCUGCAGCAGCACCGACAGCCAUUGCCGUAUAG